CAGUCAGUUUCGAUUCCGGAAUCGCCUACUCCAUCCCAAACUACUGACAUAUAAACAACAGCACAAUGCCUUCUCUCAAAACAUCAUACGAAGUAGGGCUUGAUUUCCUGGAGUUUCUGGGGCAGAGGAUCUCGAAAACAGACAGAAACGAACUUCGGGAUAUUUACAACUUAGAGUUUAAAAGGGAUGGAAGUAAAGAACCCAAAUUUUCCAAUGUGAUCGGUGCCUUAACAUUUUUUAAAAAAGCCAGUAUAAGGCAUGGGAAAGUUAUUUUUCACGGGAAACCAAAGGUGCGCGUGUACUACUGCGAUCAGUGGAAGUCCUUCACACAGCAGAACACCAGCACAUCGGCCCCAGAAUCUGUCCCAGCAUCCUCUUCCCCCAAACCUGUCCUGACCCCAAAGAGAAAGCUUGCUUCGGAAAUCAUUAACAAACUCAGAGUGAAACGAGAUGAACUCAUCAAGGACAAAGGAGGUGUCGAAAUAACCUCUGACCCCAAGGACACCAAAGGGAAGGUUAGGUUCAUCAUCAAGGAGCAGGGGAAGUUGUUUGUGGUGAAGUUUCACAUCGUAAACCAUGGCGAGAAGUGCGUGUACUUCACGUACUACACAGCCCUGCACAAGAUGCGCUGCUUCACUCUCAUAGAUGAGAGGAGAGUGAACCGUGUUUCUCCUCUUCUUCUCUGUCCAGAUGAGAGUUAUGCUGUUGAAGUGCAUUACCAGGUCCAACACCACGGACACUUUCCAGCCACCAUGUAUUUUGAGUUCUGUCCAGAGGCAGAUCCUCCGGGUUCUGCUAAGCCCUUCUGUGUAGUCCGGGAACUGGAGGCAGUGGUUCAGUCUGGGCUAGCUGAGACACUGGGACCAGAGAGUCCAUAUAACCCCAAACAGAACAGGCGACUCCGGCCAGAGAAAAGGAUUGUGGAACCAGGGGUACCACCUGAGAGUUCAAUCACACAUACUCUGAGGGUUACAGUGAAACUGAAUUCAUAUAAUUACCCAGCCUACUUGAAAGAGUUGGCCAAACACAAGCUGGAGGACUCUGAGCGCCUUUCGCCCCCAGUGAGACAGCAACUUCCCAGAGUGAGGCGAGUGCUGGACAGCGAGCUAUGCAUGAAGAACUACACUGAGCGCUUUCACCUCCUCCUACACUUAGAAGAGAUUCAGAUGGAGGUGGACAUCAAGAAGUACGAUCUCUACGGCAAGACCAUGACCCUCGACAAAUCAAACAAAAAGCUGCUCAUUCUCAAAGUACCAGGGGUGGCAGAGAACAGACCGUCCGUACUACGAGGAGAUAAACUGAAUGUCUGUCUUUCAGAGGACAGGAACCAGCCCAUCACUGUCUAUGAAGGCUAUGUCCAUCGUGUAGAACUUGAUAGAGUUAAACUCGGCUUCAACAAGAAGCUCCUCCAGAAGUUUGUCAGCAAUAUGAAGUUCAAUGUGGAGUUCAACAUCAAUCGCUUCCCCAUAAGGCUCCAACACAGGGCAGUGGAGCUCGCUGGUCAGCACCGUCUGGGAGAUGUGCUGUUCCCUUCUGAUAAGGGCACUGGACACACUGCACUUCCACACCUCAGCAUGUUCAAUAAAGAUUUAGAGAACAACCCUGAGCAGAAGGCGGCAGUGCAGCACAUCUUGUCGGGCACAUCCAAACCAGCACCUUACCUCAUCUUUGGACCCCCUGGCACAGGCAAAACUGUCACAGUGGUGGAAGCCAUAAAGCAGGUGAAUAAAUCCAAAGCUACAACCCACAUCCUGGCCUGCGCUCCCUCAAACAGUGCAUGUGACCUCCUGUGUGAGAGGUUAUUAGGAUAUGUGGAUGGCCAUCGCCUCUAUCGACUCUGUGCUCCCAGUAGAGACCCACGCACUUUACCACAGAAGCUGCUGAAACACAGUAACUGGAAUGAGGCCGAGGACAGCUUUCUGCUUCCAUCUAGAGAAGAUCUGAUGCAAUACAGUGUCAUUGUUGUUACUCUGGUCACUGCUGGAAGGCUCGUGACGGGAGGUGUUGGUAAGGGUCACUUCACACACAUCUUCAUAGAUGAGGCCGGACAAGCCGUGGAGCCUGAGUGUAUCAUCGGGGUGGCGGGUUUGCUCGACCCUGAGAAAGGCCAGCUGGUUUUGGCCGGAGACCCGAAACAGUUGGGCCCCGUUCUGAGAUCUCCAUUGGCCCAACUUCACGGACUGGGUCAGUCCCUCCUGGAGAGGCUGAUGAAGCAGAACGCUCUCUAUCAGAAGAGCCAGGAUGGUCAAUCUGGAUUUGACACCCGCUUCGUCACCAAACUUCUGCGCAACUACAGAUCUCAUCCAGCCAUCCUCAAGAUCCCCAACGAGCUCUUCUACGAUAAUGAACUGCAGGUGUUUGCAAACCAGAUGGAGCGGGAGGCCUUCUGUCGCUGGGAGCAUCUCCCUAAGAAGGGAUUUCCUGUCGUGUUUCACGGAGUGAUGGGGAAAGAUGAAAGGGAGGCAAACAGUCCUUCAUUCUUCAACGUGACUGAGAUCGAGGUCAUCGUCAGCUACCUCAACAAGCUCAUUCAGACUCAGGGCAAGAAGGGCCUGCCAAAACUCAGCACCAACGACAUUGGCAUUAUCACUCCUUACAGGAAACAGGUGGAAAAAAUUCAGAAAGCUCUGAAGACUGUGGCAGAGCUGAACAAGUGGAAAGACAUCAAGGUGGGCUCGGUGGAAGAGUUUCAGGGGCAAGAGAGAAAAGUCAUCAUAGUCUCCACCGUCCGUAGUAGCGUCAACUAUGUCAAGAUGGACCAAGACUUCAACAUUGGCUUCCUCUCAAAUGAGAAGAGGUUUAAUGUGGCCAUGACCAGAGCCAAAGCCUUGCUCAUUGUGGUGGGAAACCCAGUCAUCCUAAGCAAGGAUCCUACUUGGCAGAGGUUUAUCCGAUACUGUGAGCUCGAGCAGGGCUACACCGGCUUCGACUACAAGGAUGCAGAAGGAGAAGAGGAUGUGGUCAGCCGGCUGGCGUCUUUAAAAAUCAGCAGCUCCGAUGAUAUAGACGAGAGCCCACUACAGCAGCAUAUGCAUCCGGAGUGGAGAUCUGAGCAGUGAGGACCAGAUUUACAACAAUCCAACGAGACCAUCAGCUUACAUUCGGGGGAAAAUGGAAAUUUGAUUUAUUUUUAUCAGUAAAGCAGUAUUGACAACCUCAUUUUAUUGUUGAUUUCUGCCAGAAAAGCAGAUGAAAGAUUCAAUUGGUAAUUCAGCAUUAUACACUACUGAGUUAAUACUGGACAGAUUGUAGCACUUGUGCAACCUGUCGUAGAUUAAAGAGUCGUAUUAGCGCUUUCACUGGACAGCGUUGUAUUUUUAUUAAUGCUUAAUUUCUUUCAUUUAAUGCAUAAAUCUGUUUUAUUUUAUUUUUUAUUACUGAAAAUGCAGAUUUGCUUGUUUCAAAUGCUUUUCAGCACUUUACUGCAGCACUUUACUGAAAAUAAAUUAAAAAUGUUUCUAGCAAAUAAAUGGUCCUUU